UCAGAUGGAAGAAAAUGAAUAUAUAGCUACUUUUAAAGAUUCCACGCAUGAGUUUGAAAGUGAUUCCUGUCCUGAUGAAGCAGAUACGCAAUCAGUUGUAAGUGAAGAUAACGACAUUUUCCAUGAAUGCAAAAAUCAUGAUCAAUUGGACGUUCAGAUGACAAGGAGAUAUGUCGAUAUUGCCGAAGAUGACCCGCACUUACCAGGAAUAGCAAUAAUGGAAGGUAUGGAGAAUAUUCAAAUCAGAGAAGAACAAAACAAUGACGGUCUUGGAGCAUGCUCAACGGCAACAGAAAGUUCUUUAUCUUCUGAUUUUAAGAUAAAAAGUGAAGCAACAUAUCAAUACUUGGAAAAUACGAAAGAGACAAAAGCUACUGAUUAUCCUGGUAAUGUCCGAUAUUGCGACCUAUGUAAAGAUAGCAACCUUUUCAUACUUUCUUCUUCCUAUUGCAUCGCAUGUGAAGAGUCGUAUUGCUUUGAUUGUACAAAGAUCCAUCGCUCCCAAAAGGCGACAAAAGCGCAUGAAAUGGGCCCUCCGGAAACGAGAGGAUCGUUGUUUAUGUGUGACACUUGUAGCAGUCUCGAUACCAAGCAUCCAGCAUUAGCUAGUUGUAAAGAAUGCGAAGAGCUAUACUGUGAUGCAUGUUCUAGUGCACACAAACGACAGAAGGCCACAAAAGCACAUUCCGUUUUAAUCCAUGUUGGUCUUCCUGAGAGAGGGACAUGCGAGCCAUGCAAAGAAAAUGGAUACGGUGACAAAACAGCGUCCCACCUUUGUAUUGAUUGUGAUGAAGUCCAGUGCUAUGACUGUUUCUUUGUCCAUUCAAAACAGAAAGCUACAAAAGAGCACAUCAUCGUUUGUUCCAUUGAAAACGACGGAAAAUACUGCCGGUCCUGUUAUAAAACAGGAAAACGGAAUAUGGCAGACAUGUACUGUAGAGCAUGUUCUCUAAAUUUGUGUAUUGUGUGUGCCCGUAUACACAGACAGGAUCAAACAACUCGAGAUCAUAAAGUACUUGAUAUACCAAACACACUAGCGGAUGAAUACAAAAGGACGAAAAAGAAAGACAAAUCAGCAGAUCAGAAACUUGAUAGCAAGAGUUAUGAAGAAGAUAUGAAACCCGGCGUGCCUUGUGUAGUUGGUCAUAUCAAAGUAGAUUCUGUUUGUCUCGCAUGGGAACACCCAAAACAACACAUAAAAGACAGCAGUUAUCAACUACGCUAUAAAGAAGCAGGUCCCGAUGCUAAAUGGACUCUCCAUCCUGAUGUUACUUCACAAGCCUCGAUUACACUGAGCAAUUUGAAGUCAAAUGCAAAAUAUGUUUUCCAAGUUCGUAUGGUAUGUGACGAAAAAGAAGGGCCAUAUAGUGAUGCCAGCGUCUAUGUCGAAACUAUACAGUCUGCCGCUGCUCGACUGAUGGAUUUUAUGUACAAUGUUGAGAGAAUUGAUGUAGAAAUGCCUUUGAAGAAAGUUCCUCUGCAAGAAAACAAAACAGCACGAGACGUAAAGGGCAAAACAAGAAAACUGACCAUCGGUGAGGAUAAAAAGACUAACUCAAAAGAAAGGACAAUUAUGCUUGUUGGAGCCACAGGAGCGGGAAAGAGUACAUUAGUCGACGGAAUGAUAAACUAUAUACUUGGAGUUAAUUGGAGUGACCCUUAUAGACUUACUCUUGUUGAUCUGGAGAAAGAGGAAAUGAAUAGAGAUGUAAACCAGGCUGUUUCACAGACACAGUGGAUAACCUGCUAUACUAUUAAUCCGUUGAGAGGUAGUCGUCUAGAUUACACUUUGAACAUAAUAGAUACACCAGGGUUUGGAGAUACACGUGGAAUCGAAAGGGACAAGGAAAUAAUUGAACAAAUACGUAAACUGUUUUCCAACGAAGGAGAUACUGGUAUUGUUUUCAUUGAUGCCGUUUGCUUUCUUAUAAAAGCACCCGAUGCAAGGUUAACCCCAACACAAAUGUACAUUUUCAGCGCAAUCAUGUCACUUUUCGGACAAGAUAUAGCGGAUAAUUUUUGCAUGCUUGUGACAUUUGCAGACGGUAAACGACCACCAGUACUUUCGGCUUUAAAGGAAGCCAAUUUGCCACACCAACAGUACUUUCCAUUUAAUAACUCUGGCCUCUUCGCAGAGAACGCAGAUAAAAACGCAUCUACGUUUUCUGCCAUGUUCUGGGAUAUGGGAUGUCAAAGCUUUAGAAAAUUUUUCGAGAAACUUAUAACACUGGACACUAAAAGCUUAAAGCAGACAAAAGAUGUUCUGAAGCAAAGGGAACUUAUAGAGUUAAGUAUGGACAAUCUUCUUCCCAAAUUAGACUCUGGUCUUCAUAAAGUAGAAGAGAUACGUAUUGAGAUAAAUGUAUUGGAAGAAAACAAAACACAAAUAGAGGAAAACAGUGAUUUUGAAUAUACUGUUUCGGAAACUGAACAGAAACAAAUAGAUUUACCAGUAGGACAGCAUGUUACAAACUGUCUAACGUGUCACGCAACAUGCCAUAAAAAUUGUAUGAUACCAAAUGACGAAGAUAAAAGAGGUUGCGCAGCAAUGGAUGACGAAGGCUAUUGCACUCAGUGUCAAAUGAAAUGUUUUUGGAACAUUCAUAGAAACACGCCAUACAUUUUCGAUUACGUCACCGUUAAAAAACAGAAGACAUACACAGAAAAGCUUGAAAAAUAUCGUCGUGCCCAAGAUGAAAAAAUGACCCGGCAAAAAGUAGUCGAAAGAAUGCAGGAAGAGUUGCUUGCUCUUGAGCAUGAAAUCUUGGAUCUAAUGGCGAGAAUUAAUCUGUGCAAUAAUAUCUUAAGAGAGAUAGCACUACGGCCAGAUCCCCUUAGUGUAGUUGAACAUAUUGAUCUGCUAAUAGAGACCGAGAGAAUGGAGAAACGAACUGGCUUCCAAGCUCGAAUUUCCUCUCUGCAGCAGUGUCGAAGAAGGGCGACUAUAGGUGAAGAUGUUGAAAGAUUUACCACAAGCUUUACGAACACGAAAAUAUUCACUGCACAGGUGUCAACAUCACAAAAGAAUGGAAAAAACAACCAGAACAAGAAAAAAGGAAAAGCUGGCUUGUUUCAGUCGGUUGUCAAUUAUUUUCAAAACUGAUUAAUGCAGUAUAGAAACAGUGCGAAAAACGACAUUUACUGUAUGCAUACGCAUAAACUUGAAUGCCCUGACAUGGGACAAUCUGUACUACCAUAAUUGUAUAUAUGAAUCAAUAGUCUCAAUUUUGUGCCCAUUGAAUUUCUUCGUUUUUAUCUGAUUACUAUUAUCAUAUUAACACAGGUAUUUUUGUCUCCUAUGAUGCCCUGUUAGGCAUUUAGAACUAUUUCUGUCCUGCAUAAUUUUAAACCUUCAUUUAAAAAUAUUUCAUAUAGUUACUCAAGUAGUUUAGUAACAUUUUUGGUAAAAAAGACAUAAAUGGGUUUUGUAGCAGCCUGCCUGUACUGGCUAAUUUACUUUCUAUUUUCGCCUCCUAAGCGUCUCAUUUUCACUGACUGAUUUGAUACAAGGUAAAACAAUUUUACCUAUAGCAAUAAUUCUUGCAAUAUUUAGACAUUUUGGUAAGGUUUGCUGAACUUAUCCCGUGUUAGUUUUUGACCCUAUAUUAGCUUAGGUC